GCGACCGCACAGCCUGUCCUGGGGCUGGAUGCCACCCUCUGCACCUGAGGACCAAAAUCUGCACAUUCUAACUUCCUUUCCGCAGAUCUGAAACCUGUAGAGGCUUCUUGUAACUGCAAGUCCAGGAGAAACUCUGUAUCACCAUGGUGACCCCCUGUGGCCUGCUCACUGACAAACAGAAGCCCGUGCCGCUAAAGAGUAUUUCUGUGAGCUUGUCCAUUAAUGAGUUUGUGACUGGUGUGUCUGCAACCCUCAACUAUGAGAAUGAGCAGAAAGUUCCUUUGGAGGCUGCCUUUAUAUUCCCCAUGGAUGAAGACUCUGCUGUCUACAACUUCGAAGCCUUGGUGGAUGGGAAGAAAAUUGUAGCAGAAUUACAGGACAAGAUAAAGGCCCACGCAAACUAUGAGAAUGCCAUCUCCCAGGGGCACCAGGCCUUCUUACUGGAGGAGGACGUGAGCUCCAGGGAUGUCUUCUCUUGCAAUGUGGGGAACCUCCAACCUGGGGCGAAGGUAGCACUCACGCUGAGGUAUGUGCAGGAGCUGUCCCUGGAAGCAGAUGGUGCCCUGCGCUUCGUGCUCCCAACUGUCCUGAAUCCCAGAUACCAGCUCUCUGGAUGUUCUCAGCACAGCUGCCUUAAUAGGAGGAUUCCUAUAGUCCCUUUGGAGGAGGACCUGCCCUACACACUCAGUAUGGUCGCCACCAUCACUUCCCAGCAUGGCAUUGAGAAAGUCCAAUCCAACUGCCCCUUGAGUCCUACUGAGUACCUUGGAGAUGAUAAGACUUCUGCUCAGGUUUCCCUGGCUGAUGGACACAAGUAUGAUCGGGACGUGGAACUCCUGAUUUACUACAGUGAGGUGCAUACUCCCAGCGUAGCUGUAGAGAUGGGGAUGCCUGAAAUGAAGCCAGGGUGUUUGUUGGGAGAUCCAUCUGCAAUGGUGAGUUUCUAUCCAAAUAUCCCAGAAGCCCAGCCACCAAAUACCUGUGGAGAGUUUAUCUUCCUCAUAGACCGUUCAGGAAGUAUGGAGAGCCUCUUGAGUAGCCAGAGUAAAUCUCAGCCUCGUAUAGAGGCAGCCAAGGAAACACUGAUUUUGCUGCUGAAGAGUUUACCUGUAGGCUGUUAUUUCAACAUCUAUGGAUUUGGCUCUACCUAUGAGGCAUUCUUUCGGGAAAGUGUGAAGUACAGUCAGCAAACAAUGGAGGAGGCACUGGGGAGAGUGAAGUGUAUUCGGGCAGACCUAGGGGGCACUGAAAUCUUGGCACCACUCCAGAACAUUUACAGGGCACCCUCCAUCCCAGGCCAUCCCCUACAGCUUUUUGUCUUCACAGAUGGAGAAGUUAGUGACACAUUCACUGUAAUUAAAGAAGUUGAAAUCAACAGGCAGAAACACAGAUGUUUCUCAUUUGGUAUUGGAGAAGGUGCCUCCACCAGCCUCAUAAAAGGCAUUGCCCUGGCCUCAAGGGGCACUUCAGAAUUUAUCACAGGCAAGGACAGGAUGCAGUCCAAGGUUCUUAGGACCCUGAAACAUUCCCUGCAGCCCAUGGUAGAGGAUGUCUCUGUGAGCUGGGAUUUGCCUCCUGGUCUAUCUGCUAAAAUGCUUUCCCCAGAACCAACUGUCAUCUUUAAGGGUCAGAGGUUAAUCAUCUAUGCCCAACUGACUGGGGCAAUGCCACCAGCAGAGACAACAGGAAAAGUAUGCCUCAAGUAUGCAUUCCAGGGCAAGAGUUUUGAGGAUAAGGUGACAUUUUCUCUACAACCCAAGCCUGAUGCCAACCUCACCAUUCACCGCCUUGCUGCCAAGUCCUUUAUCCAAACCAAGGACAUGGGCCUCAUGGAGACUCCAGCAAGUUGUAAAAGUGAAAUAUUGAACAUCAGCCUUGAGUCUGGAGUCAUAAGCUCCUUCACAGCUUUCAUUGCUAUCAACAAGGAGCUCAACAAGCCAGUUCAGGGGCCCUUGACUUACAUGGACAUUCCAAGGACAUUUCUGUUGGGAAGACUCCGAGGAGGUGGAGUAGCAAUGGCCCAAGCUCAGAGUUGCAGCCAAAAGAUGAAAUGUAUGGCUCGUUGUGGUAAGAUGGAAAAGACUCAUUCUCCCACCAAUAGGAACAACUUGGAAACUCACCAUACAGGAGGUAAUCUGUUUGAAAAGCAUCAGGCAGAAGCUGUUAGAGAGAAUCUUCUUAUACAGCUGAUAGCGCUACAAAAUGCAAACGGUUCUUGGGAUCUGAAUGAAGAUCUGGCCAAGGCCCUAGCCAUGAGUUUGGAAGAUAUAACGGCUGCACACCCUGCCGAGCUUGUGGAGCCUUCAGGCUGGGCCACGAUCCUGGCCGUGAUCUGGCUGCAUGCCAAUGUGAAGGACUUGAAGUGUGAGUGGGACCUCCUGGAAAGGAAGGCUGUGGCCUGGCUUCGCAUCCAUGCAGGCUCCACCACGCAAGCUCUUGUGAAAGUGGCUAAUACCCUCCUGAAGUCAUCUGUGAAUCCUGCUAUCUUCUCCUUCUGAGAAUAUUGUCCAGGAAAAGAAGUGCCUCUCCUUAGCUACUGCCACUUUCUUUACCAUCUCUUCUGCUGCGAUAUGUUUUUGUGUUUUAUGCCUCUCCCGCCAGUUUCUUGCCAUUAAAGUAAACGAUGCCCACCCCACCUUGCUUUUUUGUUCCAGAUUCCCUUAGCAUGUGAUCAUCCUUUCCUUACCAUGUCCGCUCAGACAAGUGACAGUGGUCCUAGAACCUUUUCUUUUCUUUGGAGGAGUUCAAAGCGUUCAUAUGCAGUAAUGUUCCUCCCAGGUUUUCCAAAGUGACAAUGCGAAAAACAGGUGACAAGGAUUUCAUCCUAAAGGUAGCAGCAUUGAUGUCAGGAAGUGCCUGAAUUAGAGAAUUCUCUGCAUGAUAUUUGUCUAUUCAAUUUCAAUCUUAAGUGCUUAUCAGAACCAUACUGGCAAGCUUUGAAGUUUUCCAUUCUUAGGAGGAGGAGUUAAAGGGAGGUAGAAAGCCAACAUCAGGAUCAAUGUAACCUCAAGAUCAUAAAGAGAGAGCCUCAUGAAGUCCACUGUGAGAGUUGGCACUACUGGGGACCUUGUUGAUUAAUCCUGCUGGGACUUUGCUAGCCUACCCUGCAUGCCCUUCCUUCCUGCCUAUGAGACUUGGGUUGAAUUACACCCGUUGGAGACAGAUGUUUCUGCUUAAUCAUUAAACAUCUUAGAGGGCUAUGGAAUGGACUCCUUAGUCCUUGCCUGAAUCUGGGAGGCCUCUAAGUCAGGCUCUCAUCUAGUGUAAUAAAGAGAAGAAAGGGUAUCAUGGCAGUUUUGCCUGAGACCUGAACCUGGAUCACUCACCGCAUGAGGAAGAAAGGAGCUCACAUGAUCGCCCCAGACCCUUAUGUCUCACACACCGUAUCCUAGUGCAAAUGACCCUGUUUGAUC